AUGCCCGUUUUCACCGAAUAUGCCGCCGCGUCGCGCGAGCUACGCGUCCUUCCUUCUUUCGCACCCCCACUACCACGUCUCACACCGAAACCACAGUCAGAUGGCAAGAACGAGAGAUAUGAGGUGGUUAUCGUCGGGGCUGGCCCGGCAGGACUCAUGCUUGAGCUCUUACUCGCACGAUAUGGACUGAGCGACGAGUCAUUGCUGUGUGUAGACGCCAAGCCGACCACACUCAAGUCAGGCCAGGCCGAUGGCCUUCAACCCCGGACUCUGGAGACAUUGAAGUCGCUGGGAUUGGCAGAUGAGAUUCUCACCGAGGGUUGUCAGAUGUGGCAGGUCGCAUUCUGGAACCCCUCGAACGACAAGGACAAGAUCAUCGAGCGCACUUCAAUCGUCCAAGACGUCGCCGUACCUGCCCGAUUCCCCCACGAAGUCACCAUUCACCAAGGUCGCAUUGAGCGAAUUCUAGAAACAGAUCUGCUUCGCUACUCGAAACGCGGCGUGCAACGAAAUACCAAACUGAUCGAUGUGAAGAUCGACGAGGAGGGGGAUGCAGAGUUCCCCGUGGUUGCCGAGAUAGAAACCGAGGGCCAACGUCGAACCGUGCGAACAAAAUACUUGGUGGGAGCUGAUGGCGCUCACUCCGUCGUGAGACGCUCCAUGGGACUCAAAUUGAGGGGUGAAUCCCUGGAUCACAUCUGGGGCGUCGUCGACUUGAUCGUUGACACGGACUUCCCCGAUAUCCGUCGUCGCUGCGCUAUUCACUCGCUCGCUGGCUCGGUCAUGGUGAUUCCUCGCGAGCGCAUUGCCACUGGUGACUAUUUGACGCGGUUGUAUGUGCAAGUACCAGGCGAUGUCAAGCCAGACAGUGAUCAACAAACGACGGAUAGCUCCACUGCUGCCCCGACGGCCGAUGCAAGAGCUCGUCGCAGCCAGGUUACAGAAAAGACCAUAUUUGACAACGCGGCCGCAGCGUUCAAGCCUUACUAUAUCCGUCCGAAGACAGAUGGUGCUGUGGAUUGGUGGGCAGCUUACCAGAUUGGCCAACGAGUUACGGACAAAUUCUCUGUCAAGGAUUCAAAGGGCGUGAGCCGAGUUUUCAUUGCCGGCGAUGCCUGUCACACGCAUAGCCCCAAGGCUGGCCAAGGCAUGAAUGUAUCAAUGAUGGACUCUUAUAAUUUGGCCUGGAAGUUAGCUUAUUGCAUCCACGGGUUGACUCCAGAGAGCGCUCUCGCCCAGCCUGACCCGAUUCUUGACACAUACCACACAGAACGCCACACUAUUGCACAGGAAUUAAUUGAGUUUGACCGUGCAUUCUCGUCAAUGUUCUCCGGAAAGAUCGGCGCCUCUGAAGAUGGAGUUGAAGGCUUGACACAUGAGGAGUUCCUUGAGGUGUUCAGUCGAGGAAACGGGUUCACAAGCGGCUGUGGAAUUGAAUAUCCUGAGAAUAUGGCUGUGGAUAGGACCCUGGACGGCGAGAAGAAUCCAGUCAGCGGCAUCGAUUAUCUCUCUGGAAUUCUGCGACCGGGACGGAGACUGUUGAAUGUGCGUCUCAUUCGACAUGCAGAUGGCUAUCGCCGUGAUCUUCAAGACGAUUUUGCAUCCACUGGUCGAUUCCGCGUCUUAUGCCUCACAUCGUCAGACCUCCUAGACCAACAAGGAACCUCAUAUAGGACGUUGACGGCACUGGGCGCGGUUAUUUCCCAGUUCCCGCAGUCUGUUCUAGAGCAGGUCGUCAUCCAUCCUCGCCUGUCGAGGGAGUUCAUGUGGAAUGAUAUCCCACACGAGGUGAAACAAUACUCGGAAAUGUCGUUCUACAGCGGGUAUGAGAUGGAUGAUGUCUAUGGCAUUUACGGUGUUGACCCAAGCAAGGGAGCGCUUGCUGUCGUCAGACCUGAUGGAUAUGUUGGAGUUCUCGCUGAGCUGGGCGAUGUAAAGCGCAUAGACGAUUACUUGGGCAGAAUGAUUCGUCGAAACUAG